UUCCAUAACUACAGGUAGGACUCACGAACAUGUCGAGAGUCACGGUUUACAACAUCCCUUCGUGUUACCGAGCAUGUCCUCCAGGUCCCCACAAGCCGAACGAGUAGCGACCCGACAUCGGCCGCAAUUUCACCUGGUCUUGUCCAAGUUCGCGAUGACUCUCUUCUCCACACUACUCAGCAACAAUGGCAGCCCGCACACUACGAAUUGGUCUGAUCCCUGGUGAUGGCAUUGGCCGCGAGGUCAUUCCUGCCGGUCGUCGCAUCCUCGAGGCCCUGCCCAAGUCUCUGGGUCUCAACUUCUCCUUCGUCGACCUCGAAGCUGGUUUCGAGACCUUCCAGAAGACUGGCGUUGCUCUGCCCGACAAGACUGUCGACACUUUGAAGAAAGAGUGCGAUGGUGCUCUCUUCGGUGCCGUGAGCUCGCCCAGCACCCCCACCAAGGGCUACUCGUCCCCCAUUGUCGCUCUUCGCAAGCGUCUCGACCUGUACGCCAACGUUCGUCCCGUCAAGAGUGUCAAGAACACCACCAUGUUCCCCGACCCCAUUGACCUUGUCAUUGUCCGCGAGAACACCGAGGACUUGUAUGUCAAGGAAGAAAAGACAUACGACACCGAGCACGGCAAGGUCGCCGAGGCCAUCAAGCGCAUCUCGGAGCGUGCAUCACACCGCAUCGCUACCAUGGCCGGUGACAUUGCUCUCCGUCGCCAGCGUGUGCGCGAAUCGACCGGCCAGACUGGCAAGUCUGCUCUCGUCACAAUCACCCACAAGAGUAACGUCCUCUCCCAGACCGACGGUCUUUUCCGUUCGACUGCUCGUGAGGCCCUGGCCCAGUCUCAGUUCAAGGGUCUCGAAGUUGACGAGCAGAUUGUUGACUCGAUGGUCUACAAAUUGUUCCGUCAACCUCAGACUUACGACGUCAUUGUUGCUCCUAACCUCUAUGGUGACAUUCUUUCCGAUGGUGCUGCCGCUCUUGUUGGCAGUCUGGGUCUUGUCCCUUCUGCCAACGUUGGUGAGGGUUUCGCUAUCGGUGAGCCUUGCCACGGUUCAGCUCCUGAUAUCCAGGGACAGAACAUCGCCAACCCUAUCGCUACUCUCCGCAGUGUCGCUCUCAUGCUCGAAUUCCUCAACGAGGAGAAGGCUGCCGCUCUUAUCUACAAGGCCGUCGAUGCCAACCUUGAGGAGGGCAAGUAUCUGAGCCCUGACAUGGGUGGUCAAGCCAAGACCACCGAGGUCGUCGAAGAUAUCCUUAGAAGAAUGUAAAUCAGUCAUGCUUGUAUAGAUUUUUGAGAUACCAAAAGUAAUGGGAUACGGAAGUACAUGAUCAAACAACCUCUCUCAUUCCAAAAUCAUCAAGUUUGUUCUCGGCGAGCUUCACAUGCUC